AUGAAACCGAAGAAUCGCUUGCAGCCAAGAGGUCUCUCUCGGGAAAUCGUCGACCAGUGCCGGGAGAAACUUGUGUCUUCUAUCGAGUCCUCUCUUGAGAAGGUCGCGGAAUGGGGAAAAUUGAACCUUGUCCAAUUUAACCCCCAGAAGACUCAAGUUUGCGCGUUUACCACAAAAAAAAACCCAUUUGUCGUAUCACUGCUCUUCGACAACACUUCCCUCAAAGCCUCGCCUAGUAUCGGAAUACUGGGUCUCGAAAUCUCGAGCGAUUGCCAAUUUCGUGGUCAUCUGGAAGGCAAAGCCAAAUUGGCUUCAAAGAAACUGGGCGUCAUUAAUAGAGCACGGCAAUACUUCAAGCCGGCCCACAUUCUAGCACUCUACAAAGCGCAGGUCCGGCCACACAUGGAGUAUUGCUGUCAUCUCUGGUCUGGCGCACCCCAGUAUCAGCUCGAUCCAUUUGACCGCGUGCAACGCAGAGCAGCUCGAAUUGUCGGGGUUCCAGUGCUCUGUGAACGGCUGGAUCACUUGGCGUUGCGUAGAAACGUCGCUUCAUUGUGUGUCUUCUACCGCAUUUAUCACGGGGAGUGUUCCGAAGAGCUGUUUUACCUAAUUCCUGCCGCUGAAUUCCACCUUCGCACGACACGCCACAAGUUGGGAUAUCAUCCUCACCAUCUGGAUGUGUGGCGGUCCUCCACAGUGCGGUUUUCAAGGAGCUUUCUUCCACGUACUACAAAGCUGUGGAAUGAGCUUCCUUGUGCGGUGUUUCCGGGACGAUACGACAUGGGUACCUUCAAAAAAAGCGCGUACACCUUCCUCAAACACCAUUGA